AUGGCUGCGAGCGGAAUCUUCAACGACCUCAAUCUCGUUCUGCAGCUCAACCAGCACAUCCAGGGCGUCCUGACCGAUCUGCAGUCCGUGAGCUACUCGGAGCCGCGCGAAGAUGCGCAGUUCGACCACCAGCGCUCCGUGUUCCUCUCGGUCAGCUCGAGCGACCUCCCGUUCCACCUGCAAGGGGACAAAGACUUCAACGAGGCCAGCGCGAUGGCCAAACGCCGAGCGCUGCGAUUCUCCGAGCUGGUCAAGAACCGCAUUGAGUUUCUGUGGGAGGUGGCGGGCGGGAAGAAGCGGGCGGAGAUGGCCCAGCACAUGCGAAAGCAGCAACUGGAGGAGAACAACAAACAAGGGCGGGAUCGACGAGACCAGCUAAGUGUUCGUCGGGUAGGAGCAGCCAAGGACAUCAAGUCUCUGCUCCCACCCCUGGAAGAACUGGACGAAGAAGACUACAUGGCGCUCAUGCUGCUGAUCUUCAAGGUGCUGCGGGACGAUUUCGUGCUGGAGCUAGCGCACAAGCAGAUCCAGUGCGACUGGGAGGUGGACAGCCACCACGGGAAGACGCUGACCUUCGACCAGUUCUUCGCCGCAGUCUUCGAGCUCGUUGACGUUUGGACGUGCGAUGUGGAGGAGGCCACUUACGAGCGCUUCCUCCACUUGCUCGCGCGGAGAAUAACUCGCCGAGUUGUCGUGUUUCUGGAUGGAGCGGAGUUGAAGCUCGCUCUGUCGGACAACUUUGAGCCCGAAGUCGUGGUGAAGUCCAUCCCGUUACGCACGAUUCCUCGGUUCGUGUCUGUCGUUCACGUUGUCGCUGGUACGGGUAUUUCAACCGUUGGGGACCUGGCGCGAGCAGACCCGAAAGUGGUGGAGCGCGAGCGAGCCGACUUUAUCCAACGGAAGAACGGGGGCGUUCUCCCUGAAGGGCUGAGCGAAAUGCGCAAGAUUGGGCAGGACCUGCAGACGCUCCUCGCCAUGUUCAUAACCAUCGCGCUCCAGUUCGAGAAUCUCAACUACACCCUGGAAAAUAACGUCUUGCGCAGACUGCCGAGCGGAGCUGGCCCUCGCAGCCCUAGCUCCAUCCAACCUCUUCACACGAUUCACGACUUGCAGCUCGCCGAUGCCGGCGUGGUGAAUGCACUGCGCUCGACGUUUUUGAUAGAGAAGGCGAUUUUGAUCGAGCGGCAAACGGAUUUGCCUGUAAUUCGAAGCGAGUUAGUCAAGUUUGGUGUGGAUGUAGCUGCAAUUAAGGGCUCAGACGACGCAGUGAGAGACCGGUACAACGCUCUGUACGACCUGUUGGUGUUGCGAGAUGGCGAGAGCCUGAAAACACUCGCUGCGGUCAUGCUGGAGCAGAUAAAGUUCGAGUUAGGUGUGCAUGGAAUCAUUGUGGAAGACGAGAAAGACGUCGAAGAAGUGUACGAUGGCUUUUACGCGUCUGUAGUGACGGGGACUGGUGAGUCCAUAGUUCAAGAGGCUCAGCGCUGGAUGGAGGGGGCAGUACAAGGCAACAAGGUCAAUGACUACAUCCAGCACGAUUUCCACGAGCUCAAAUCGAUUGACGAGGUAAAACUU